CAGAAAUGGAUAGAAAAACACCACCACACAACAAACAAUUGAGAGGCCCUCCUUCCUUUUCAUUUUCACCCCCAAAUCUCUUCUCCUACCUUCUUCAAGAUAACACUCCCCUCUUUCUUUCUCUCACCUCAAUCUCUUCCCACUCCUAAUUUCCCCCAAAACCCCUCUCUCACUUUCUCUCUCUACCCAAUUUCCAUGGCGUUAUCCGCUACUUCUUCCGCCAUGGCAGCCAUUGCCUUAACCCACCAACCACCCCACAAUCAACCUUCUAUGUCUCUCCUCCCAAAUCUCACUUUCCACCCUAAAACCCCAUCUAAACUCAUCCUUUCCUCUUCUUUUACCCCCUCACUCGCCACCUCCUCAAGCGCCACUUCUACCGCCGCCGCUACCACCUCCACACGCCGCCGUACCUUCACCGUUCGCGCUGCUAGGGGGAAAUUCGAGAGGAACAAACCCCAUGUCAAUAUCGGCACUAUUGGCCAUGUUGACCACGGUAAGACCACCCUUACCGCCGCCCUCACCAUGGCUCUUGCGUCAAUGGGAAACUCCGCUCCGAAAAAGUACGACGAAAUUGACGCUGCCCCGGAGGAGCGUGCUCGUGGUAUUACAAUUAACACCGCCACCGUCGAAUACGAAACCGAGAACCGCCACUACGCCCAUGUCGACUGCCCCGGUCACGCCGAUUAUGUGAAGAAUAUGAUUACCGGCGCUGCCCAGAUGGACGGCGCUAUCCUGGUUUGUUCCGGCGCCGACGGGCCUAUGCCGCAGACAAAGGAGCACAUCUUGCUUGCUAAGCAGGUGGGUGUCCCUAACAUGGUUGUAUUUCUGAACAAGCAAGACCAGGUUGAUGAUGAGGAGCUUCUUCAAUUGGUUGAGCUUGAGGUGAGAGAAUUGUUAUCUAAUUAUGAUUUUCCUGGUGAUGAUAUUCCUAUUAUUUCUGGGUCUGCUCUUUUAGCUCUUGAGGAAUUGAUGAAGAACCCUACAAUUAAAAGGGGGGAUAACACCUGGGUAGAUAAAAUUUACCAAUUAAUGGAUGCUGUUGAUGAAUACAUCCCAAUUCCCACUAGGCAAACCGAUUUACCCUUCUUGAUGGCCAUUGAAGACGUGUUUUCGAUCACCGGUCGUGGGACCGUGGCCACCGGGAGGGUCGAAAGAGGGACUGUUAAAACUGGGGAAACUGUUGACAUUGUAGGAAUGAGGGAGACUAGGAAUACUACUGUAACUGGGGUUGAAAUGUUCCAGAAGAUUCUAGAUGAAGCUUUAGCUGGUGACAAUGUUGGGUUGUUGUUGAGAGGUAUUCAGAAGAUUGAUAUUCAGAGAGGUAUGGUUCUUGCUAAACCAGGAACUAUUACCCCUCACACUAAGUUUAGUGCCAUUGUUUAUGUGUUGAAGAAGGAAGAAGGUGGUAGGCAUUCACCUUUCUUUGUCAAGUACAGACCUCAGUUCUAUAUGAGGACUACUGAUGUAACUGGAGAAGUGUCGAAGAUUAUGAAUGACAAAGAUGAAGAGUCUAAGAUGGUUAUGCCUGGUGAUCGAGUUAAGAUGGAGGUUACGCUUAUUCACCCUGUUGCUUGUGAAGCGGGAAUGAGGUUUGCUAUUAGGGAAGGUGGAAAGACUGUUGGUGCUGGUGUUAUCCAGUCUAUCAUUGAGUAAGUUGGCAAUGGUAGAAGUAGUUUGAGUCUCUUUGUAUGUUUUCUGGGGGUGAGGAAAGAGGAGUGAAAGGGGGUUUUACUUAUUUGAUUAGGUGAUUCAGGAAUGUAAUGAGAUUGGGCUUAAAAGCUGUAAAAUUUCAGUCUUUUUUACAUGUCUUUUUGGGGAGUAGGGUUGAACAUUUUGAGAUAUUCUCAUAAAUUGUGCAAUUUAAUUUACACCUUUUACAGAAUAACCUUGCCAAUUUCAGUCUUUUUAUCUAAUGUUCAUAUUCAAUUAGCUUAUUUUGGAUUUGUGCUUGUAAUUGUUGCAGUACUUCAAGUUAUAUUUGAAUGUAAUUUUUCAUGGAA